AUGCAGAGACAAGAGUCACCAUUAAAUCGCGUUUCCGCGAGCCAGCAGAAGAUGCAACCAUCCUCAAGCCGCAUCUUGUACGACAUUCCCUGCAAGGUAUGCCGUGAUCACUCGUCCGGAAAACACUAUGGCAUAUUCGCCUGCGAUGGAUGUGCUGGAUUUUUUAAAAGAUCAAUUCGACGAAAUCGGCAGUACGUUUGCAAAGCAAAGUCUGAAGGUGGCUGUAUGGUCGACAAAACACACCGUAAUCAGUGUCGUGCUUGUCGCUUGACCAAAUGUAUUCAAGCUGGAAUGAACAAAGAUGCUGUUCAGCAUGAAAGGGGGCCACGCAACUCGACGUUACGUAGACAAAUGGCCUUGUACUUGAAAGAACCAGAAAUGAUGUCAAAUCUGGUACGACCAACCAAUGUUUCCGUCGCUGCGGCAGCCGCAGCUUUGGAUCUUGCUCUCCCAAAAUCUACAAUGGAAUCCCGAGUAUCUGCUGCUAAUAAUAUCCCUCCACCCCAUCACCAUCCGCAUUCACAUCCAAUGUAUGCGCAUGGCAACGUCAACAUGAACAUGUGCAAGAUGCCUAUUACUCCUACUGGUAUACCAUUUACCCCCGCCAUCACUCCCGAAUCUGUAUGUGAACAAGCGGCGCAAUUACUUUUCUUGAAUGUUCGUUGGGCAAGGGAUUUAGCCUCAGGAACGAGUUUGUCAAUGGAAGACCAACUGACGCUUUUAGAAGCUUCCUGGAGAGAACUUUUCUUACUUGCAGCAGCGCAAAUAUUACCCAACUUGGACCCAACUCCACUUUUACCUCCAGGACCACAAAGUCUAGCACUGGCUAUUCAAGUCAGCAGAUUCCGUGACACUCUGUUAAGCUUUCAUGCCAUGAAUCUAGAUGCACAUGAGUUUGCAUGCAUCAGAGCAAUAGUUCUUCUUAAAGCUGGCCUUGAAUGUGAGUCAGUACCUAGUAGUCGAAGCAGUAAUGGAUCAUCAUCGCCUAAUACCGGAACCUCAACGGGCAAACUCAGAGAUCCUGCGACUGUUGCAAGACUACGUGAUAGUUUCCAUCUGGCUCUCGGUCAACGUUUAAGUACUGCUGCGUAUGGUACCCUCAGAUUUGGAAAAUUGCUCCUAUUACUACCCACCCUCCAAUCCGUAUCGGCAGGCACAAUAGAAGAACUCUUCUUCAGACGGACAAUUGGCGUAAUCCCUAUAGAAAAAAUUAUUGGUGACAUGUACAAGAGCGCUUGA